AUGCUCGCCUUGCACAGUAGCACAAACCUUGUCCUGUCUGAUGCCAAUGGCCGUGUCCUUUGGAAUUCAAACAACAGCAUUGCCAUCAGUGCUUCACCUGCCACCACCGUCUCUGCAGAAGCCACACUAGAGAACACCGGAAACUUCAUCCUCUUGAGCAACGUUAACCGCACCACACUAUGGCAGAGCUUCGACCAUCCCUCUGAUACUCUUCUGCCUGGGAUGAAACUCAGGAUCAGCCACAAGAUGCAUCCAAUACAACACCUCAUUUCUUGGAAUGGCCUGCAGGACCCAUCCCCUGGGGUCUUCUAUGGUGCAGACCCCAACAGCAUUCAGCAGCAGUUCAUCUGGAAUGGCACAAGACCGCACCGUCGAAGCCCAGUGUGGACUAGCUAUUUCCUUCUUGGGGGCUACAUGGACAACCUUCAUUCUACCAUUUACAUGGCGGUACAUUGUGGCACCGAUGAUGACGUAUACAUGUCCAUCAGCAUGCCGAUUGACAGCUUGUCUUUUCUGAUUAGAAUGGAGAUAAAUUACUCAGGCAAUGUAAAUAUUCUAAGCUGGGACAGUAACAUGUCAGUAUGGACAAGCUUGUACAUACAGCCUGCACAUAAGUGCAAUGAGUAUGAUUACUGUGGUCCUUAUGGUUACUGUGACAACAAUGGAACUGCCCCAACAUGCAAGUGCCUUGAUGGUUUUGAGCCAAAUGAUGAUGAAGGAUGGGUCAGCACAGGGAUGUCGCCAGAAGACGGCACUAAGAUGUGGUGGACAUGGUUUAUUGACCUUGCCACACAUGAAGCUGAAUGCUGGAGCAACUGCUCCUGUGUGGCAUAUGCUCAUGCCAACAUGAGCACCAAAGGCAUCAAUGGUGAUGACACAAGGUGCUUGAUAUGGACUGGGAAGAUGAUUGACAUGGAGAGGUAUAGCCAAGGAGGGGAGACCCUCUAUAUUCGGAUCGACAAAUCAAGCGGUGACAUGACAAAGACCAAAACCCUAGAAAUUGCACUGCCAGCUGUGACAAGUUUCCUUGUAUUCAUAUGCAUAGGGGUUAUUUGUACCUACUGGUUUAGAGACAAACAAGGAAGUACAGACAUCCGGAAUAGACUGAUGCUAGGAGAUAUGAGCACUGCUAAUGAAGUUGCUGGUGAAAGUGUAGAAUUGUCAUUAUAUAGCUUCAGAGAAAUUUCCACUGCAACAAAUAAUUUCGCUGAUUCCACCAUACUUGGACAAGGAGGAUUUGGUACUGUUUACAAGGGAACAUUGGGAGAUAAGGAAAUCGCUGUGAAAAGGCUUUGCAAAGAUUCUGCCCAAGGGGCAGUAGAAUUCAAAAAUGAACUAGCUCUGAUUGCCAGGUUGCAGCACAGAAACUUAGUUAAACUUCUAGAAUAUGCAUUGGAAGGCAUCAUUUCUGUCAAAUCUGAUGUUUAUAGCUUUGGUGCCAUGCUUCUGGAGAUUGUGAGUGGCUCAAAGGCAUGGAGAUUAUGGAAGGAUGGAAACAUGCAGAACUUGGUUGAUCCAUCGAUUGUUGAGAGCUGUUCACUUGGCGAAAGUCUGCGAUGUAUCCACAUCGGACUCCUGUUGGUGCAAGACAACCCAAAUGCUGGUCCACUAAUGCCAUGGGUGGUCUCGAGCCUCGAUAACGAAGGCAUAGAGCUCCCACAGCCUAGGGAGCCUGUAUACUUUGCAAGGAGGCAUUCUGAAACUGGUGGAGCAGGAGCAGGACAAAGCAACAUAAGUGAUAUGAGCCUCGGAACACUGGAGGGGCGCUAG